AUGGUUUGCUUCUCUUCCCUCUUCGUCGCCGCGUCGGCCAUUGCCGGCGUGUUCGCCAGCCCCGUCGACCACGAGCAGCUCGCCAAGCGCCAGAGCACGCCCAGCAGCCAGGGCACGCACGACGGAUACUUUUACUCAUGGUGGACCGACGGCGGCGCCGCCGCGACCUACACCAACCUCGCCGGCGGCGAGUACAGCGUGAGCUGGAGCAACGGCGGCAACCUCGUCGGCGGCAAGGGCUGGAACCCCGGUAGUGCUCGCACCAUCACCUACUCUGGCACCUACAACCCCAACGGCAACUCGUACCUUGCCGUGUACGGAUGGACUCGCAACCCUCAACCAUGGCUAACUCCUCUAGUGGUCGAGUACUACGUCGUUGAGAACUUUGGCACCUACAACCCCUCGUCCGGCGCCACAGCCCGUGGCCAGGUCACGCACGACGGCGCCCUCUACCGCCUCUUCGAGAGCACGCGCACCAACCAGCCGUCGAUCGACGGCACCGCCACGUUCCAGCAGUACUGGGCCGUCCGCGACGUCAAGCGCACCGGCGGCACCGUCAACAUGGCCACCUUCUUCAACGCCUGGACCGCCGCCGGCAUGCGCCUCGGCACCCACAACUACCAGGUCGUCGCCACCGAGGGCUACUUCAGCAGCGGCUCGGCGCGCAUCAACGUCGCCGGCGGCGGCGGCUCCACGCCCUCCCCGCCCUCGACGCCCAGCCCGCCCACGACCCCGAGCCCCCCGCCCGUCACGCCUCCUCCCUCCGGCGGCGGCAGCUGCGCCGCUCGUUGGGGCCAGUGCGGCGGCUCAGGCUGGAACGGUGCUACGUGCUGCUCUGCCGGCACCUGCCAGGCUCAGAACCAGUGGUACUCCCAGUGCCUGUGAGGUAUCCCGAGACCAAGGCAAGAAUACAUGGACUUCAGGAUCUGUAGGGGCGGGCACAUCCAGUGAAGCUCGGCAUCGUGCUCGUCGGCUGGGGAGUGGACUUCGAUUCUUUGUAUGUAUGAAAGAUGAUAUCGGCGCUUGCCGGUGUCUCGUGCUGCACAUAAGAUUGACAACAUCAAAAUGGAUCAUCAGCUGUGCUGAAUCUGAU